AUAGCUCCGUCCUCACCGUCUAUCCUGUAUCUGUCUCUCAGUCUCUGUUGCUGUGCGGCGCUGUGCGCGGAGCUCUUGUGGUGUUAGGAGGUCUUUUGGUUUCCGCGAUGGCGCUUCCUUCCCCGGAUUAACGCACGCGCGCAGUGGAGUUUUCAUUUGUUUGUUUGUCUCUUUGCUUUUUUUUUUUAAUUUAUUUUUUUAUUUUUUCUACUACUCACUUUUUUUUUCCUCAAAUGCUGACCGAAGGCCGUGAGCGCCCGCGCGCGCUCGUGCUCUGCGCACGGGGCGAGAGCCCGAGCGCGCAACAAGACGCGGCGGUACCGCGCGGGCGCGCGCGCACACACCACUGACCCCGCGGGCGCGCGCAUGGAGACGCCGGCGCGCUGCCUGUCCUCCUCCUCGUCCAGAGCCGUUCCUCCACCUCCCGCUGCUCCCCCGCCGAUGUGGAACGGCACGGAGGCGGACGCGCGUCCGGCGUUGCGCGCGCUCACGGGCUGCGUGCUGAGUGCGCUCAUCCUGUGGACGCUGCUGGGCAACGUGCUGGUGUGCGCGGCCGUGCUGCGCUUCCGCCACCUGCGCACCAAGGUGACCAACACGUUCAUAGUGUCGCUCGCGCUCUCGGACCUGCUGGUGGCCGUGCUCGUGAUGCCGUGGAAGGCGGCGGCUGAGGUGGCCGGCUACUGGCCGUUCGGCGCCUUCUGCAACAUCUGGGUGACCUUUGACAUCAUGUGCUCAACGGCGUCCAUCCUCAACCUGUGCGUCAUCAGCGUGGACCGCUACUGGGCCAUCGCCAGUCCUUUCCGCUACGAGCGCAAGAUGACCCAGCGCGUGGCCUUUGUCAUGAUUGGAGUCACGUGGACGCUCUCCGUGCUCAUCUCCUUCAUCCCCAUUCAGCUGAACUGGCACAAGGCGCAUGCCGACAGCACGCGCUCCACCUCCAGCACCGCUGACAUGGACUCUCCUGAGGAGCACGCGGGCGCUCCGGCGCGCGAGGACUGCGACUCAAGCCUGAGCCGCGAGUACGCCAUCUCUUCGUCGCUCGUGAGCUUCUACAUCCCCGUGGCCAUCAUGCUCGUGACUUACACACGCAUCUACCGCAUCGCGCAGACCCAGAUCCGACGUAUCGCCUCGCUGGAGCGCGCGGCCGAGCACGCGCAGAGCUGCCGCGCGGCGUGCCGCGAGCACCAGCAGCUCCAGCAGCAACACCACCACCAGAAUCACACGAGUACGCUCAGAACGUCCAUCAGCCGCGAGACCAAAGUGCUGAAGACGCUCUCGGUGAUCAUGGGCGUGUUCGUGUGCUGCUGGCUGCCCUUCUUCGUGCUCAACUGCGUGGUGCCCUUCUGCGCCAGGACGAGCCCCGGGGGCGGAGGUGCGGGCUCGGGAGCGCGGCGCUCGGGAGACGCGAGCGCGGGCGCGUGUGUAAGUGACACCACGUUCGACGUCUUCGUGUGGUUCGGCUGGACCAACUCAAGUCUGAACCCCGUCAUCUACGCCUUCAACGCCGAGUUCCGCAAGGCCUUCGCGAGCCUGCUGGGCUGCAGGCGCCUGUGCACGAGCACACCCGUCGAGACGGUCAACAUCAGCAACGAGCUCGUGUCCUACAACCAGGACACGCUGCUGCACAAGGAGAUCGCCAGCGCCUACGUCAACAUCAUCCCCAACGUGGUGGAGUGCGCCGAGCGCGAGGACACUUUCGACCGCAUCUCGCAGCUCUCGCGCAACAACGACGACCUGGACGACCUGGCCACGGACUCGGCGUGCGAGCUGGACCGCAGCGCCGCCGACAUCAGCCUAGACGCGCUCGCGCCAUUCACGCCGAACGGCGUGCGUUAGCCGUUAGCAACGUCUGUGACAUCACGUGCUCUGUCAUCCUCAACCUGCCCGCCAGGUGUUGGCUCU